CUCUCUCUCUCUCUCUCUUGCCGUGUUGUGUUUUGACUUUGUUUUUUUGAAUCUUUCUGUCUCUAUGUCCUCUCUCCCUCCCACACUUACUCAUAUAAAGAACCCUAUCAUCUCUCUUCAACCCAAUUCACAUCUCUCCCAUCUUUGAUCUCUCCUUCACCCAACACAUCUACGUACUGAUCUCUCUUCUCAAAACAGACGAACCCUAGUACAUCGUCAUCUUCACUACUCGGUUUACUCGAACUAUGGAAGAAGUUGAUGUCCCUCAGUUCUUCCUAUGUCCCAUCUCUCUUGAUAUCAUGAGGGAUCCCGUCACGGUCCCUACCGGGAUCACGUACGACCGGGACUCCAUCGAGAAAUGGUUGUCCAACGCCAAGAACGGCGCGUGCCCCGUCACAAAGCAGCCCAUCUCCAACUCCGAGCUGACCCCCAACCACACCCUCCGGAGACUGAUCCAGUCAUGGUGCACCCUCAACGCCUCACGAGGCAUCGAGCGGAUCCCCACCCCAAAGGUUCCCAUCAGCAAGGCCCAGAUUACUCAGAUCCUGAAUGAGGGCAAGUCGACCCAGUCGCAGUCGAAGUGCCUUAGGAGGCUCAGAUCGAUCUCGUCCCAGAACAAUGCGAAUAAACGUUGCAUCGAAGCCGCAGGCGCAGUUGACUUUCUCGCCGGGAUCAUAAGCAGCAACAACAGGUGCUCCACUUCAUUAUCGUCAGAGGACUUAUUGGAUAUUGAUGGGUUACUCGAGGUCAAAAGGCCCAGCGAUGAGGCCCUUAGCAUCCUCUACAAUCUCCAACUCUCUGAGGAGGGGCUCAAGACCCUUGUCGGAAAGAAGAAUGGGGAGUUCAUCGAGUCUUUGAUGCGAGUCAUGCAACGCGGAUCCUAUGAGUCCAGGGCGUAUGCGGUGAUGCUCCUGAAAUCGAUGUUUGAGGUUGCUGAACCGAUACAGGUGAUAACUCUAAGGCAGGAGAUCUUCAUUGAGGUCGUGCAACUCCUACACGAUCAGAUCUCCCCUCAGGCGUCCAAAGAUGCCUUAAAGCUUCUCGCUCAGAUCAUCCCGUGGAGCCGGAACCGGAUCAAGGCCGUGGAAGCGGGCCUUAUCCCCGUCCUUGUAGGGCUCCUUCUCGACUGUUCCCUUGAUAGCCGAAGGGUCAACGAGUUGAGCCUCAUGUUGCUGGAGAUGAUGUGCCACUGUGCCGAGGGACGUGCUGAGCUCCUGAAGCACGGGGCAGGCCUGGCUGUUGUGUCGAAGAAGAUACUUAGGGUUUCGCAGGUGGCAAGCGAGAGGGCUGUUAGGAUACUGCUGUCCAUAUCGAAAUACUCUGCAACCCCGGCCAUCCUACAAGAGAUGUUGCAGUUGGGAGUUGUGGCUAAGUUGUGUUUGGUGCUUCAAGUUGAAUGUGGAAACAAAACGAAGGAGAAGGCCAAGGCGAUCCUCAAGUUGCAUGCUAGGGCUUGGAAGAACUCUUCAUGCAUACCCAUGAGCUUGCUUUCUUCUUAUCCAUCAUGAGCUAUGAUUCUCGUGAUUCUUCUCUCUGUCAUUUUCUUUUUUUGGCCGCUUUUAGGGUAAUCUUGUACAUUUUAUUAUACGCAGAUAGACGGGGGUUAUCAGCCAUACUUAAUUAGGAAAAAAAAUUUGUGCACAUGGACAUGAAAUGAUGUCCAUUUUUCUUUCUAGUUAAAGAUUGAAGAGUUUCAGUACUUUUGCAGAGAGUCAAUUAGACAAACUGAUAUAUCGCCAUAAAAAAUGGCGUAGUACCGUGGUACAUGCUUUUACUUCGCUCGAUAACUAAGAUGUUUCAAGUUCAAUACUCAUUAUAGGACUACAUGUUGUCCCUUA